ACGAAGGAGAAAACUCAAAGGAAAGCCAAGAUGUGGAAGGAGAGCCACUCGUAAACGAGGAACAACCACAAGAGGAGGAAACGCCAAUGCCAAGGGCAUGGAGGACUUUAAAGAACCAUCCUCUUGACAAGGUAAUCGGUGACAUCAACCGAAAGGUAAGUACUCGUAGCUCUCUUAGGGACACCGUAGGUCACAUGGCUUUUGUUUCUCAAAUUGAACCUACAACCAUUUCGGAAGCAAUUGAUGAUGAACAUUGGACCUUGGCAAUGCAAGAGGAGCUUAACCAAUUCAAACGAAAUGACGUUUGGGAAUUGGUGCCAAGACCCGAUGAUCACACCAUAAUUGGAGGUCAUCAAAGAAAAAGAUCUCGCACCGGCAAGAACGUGGCUUCUUCCUCGGCUCCUCCACCACCUGCGCACAAGUAUCUCGACGGGUCGUUCCUUUGGUUCAACGACCGCGAAGAGGCUGCGAGGUUCUCGGAGAAGUUUGAGCACCGGGAGAUUCUUCCUCCCCAGUUCUCCACGGGCCGCUUCAUUCACAGCUCCAUUCCACGCCAGGCACGGGUCAUCCUCCAAGAAGGACACUUCCUCGACCUACUCUACAUCACGAAGAACGACUACCACCCUUUUCUUGUUCGAGCUUUCUAUUCGAACUUGAAAAAGGAUGAGGACGGAUCGUUGAUUUCAAACGUCAACGGGGUGGGCAUCUAUUUGAAUGAGGAGAACAUUCAAAUCCUCACCGGGCUUCAUCGGGACGGACAGGAUCUCGGGCUCUACGUCGGAGAAGAAAGAGCGCGGUUCAACGAGACCGCCCUCUUGGAGGAAGUGGGCAUUCGAAACUUCGUCCCCACUCCCCAACAGCGGCGCCCUACGAUUGCUUCCAUGAGUCCCGUGUAUCGUUUCAUCUUCUAUGUUUUGACACGGAUCCUCAAGCCCAGGAAGUUCAACCACACCACUCUCUCCCAAGAAGACACGAAGACGAUCCAUGCGAUGAUUCACAACGCCAAUAUCAAUUGGUGUAAAUUUGUGAUGAUCCACAUGUUCAACGCCACCUCCGACAACCGGCCGCUCCCCUAUGCUCUUCUCGUCAUGGCGAUCCUUGAUGAGUACCACAUCAAGACGGACGUCUGGCCGAAAUGCAAAGGGACGAAGCAUUGGGUGAUUGACGAGUCCUCCUUCCACCCAGGAACCGAUGAAGCUACGUUCCCGCAGCCUCGUCCUCGCCGCCAACCGAGAGCCACUGCCUCGACUGCCGCCGCUUCAACCAAUCCGUCUCUCGCCGAGCAAAUGGCAGCUUUGACCACCACCCUUUCUCGGAGACACCAACAUCUCCAAAACGGCACAUAACGUCAAUAUUCUGAGCCGUGAGCUUCAUGGGUA